AUGGAAAAGAAGAAGAGUAAUAGAGUAGUAAUGGGAAUAUGGGAUGUAAAGCUUAUGUUUGAAAGUAGUCUUAUUAUUUUCUUCAUAAUAGGAGCAUUGGCAACCACAGCUGUUUAUUAUGUAAAUAGUGAUGAACAACAACCAAUAAUUAUUAGUGACAUAAUUAGAAGUAGUGCUAAUUAUGUUUAUGAUGAUGAUUCUUUGGAAGGGUGUGAUUUGUUUUCAGGAAAAUGGGUUCAUGAGAAUGAGUCUAAUUAUUACCCUUUAUACAAAGAAGUUGAAUGUCCAUAUAUUCCUGGUGAGUUUGCUUGUGGACAACAUGGUAGAAUGGAUUUUGAGUAUCAACAAUGGAGAUGGCAACCUCAUGGUUGCAAACUUCCAAGGUUUGAUGCUAAAGAAGUUCUCGAGAGAUUAAGGGGCAAAAGGGUCAUUUUUGUUGGGGAUUCUGUAAAUAGGAACCAAUGGCUAUCAAUGGUUUGUAUGCUACAAUCAGUCAUCCCUCUUGGACUAAAAAAGAUGCACAAAGUUGCUAAUGCCUCCUUGUUCACCUUUAAGGCAUUUGAAUACGAUGUUUCAAUUGACUUCUACUGGGCUCCGUUGCUCGUUGAAUCUAAUGCUGACCAUCCAUCAAAACAUAAAAGAAGCGAGCGCAUAGUUCAUAUCCAAUCCAUCGAGAAACAUGCUAAAAAUUGGGUUGAUGCAGAUAUACUAGUCUUUAACUCGUAUCUUUGGUGGGGUACGCCUACCCUAAAGAUGUUGUAUGGCGCGUUUCAAAGCUCCAAGAAAUACAACAUAGUAAGCAACCAUGAUGGUUAUGGAAUGGUUCUAGAAAAAUGGUCUAAUUGGUUGAGAACUCAAAUCAAUCAUACAAGAACUCGAUCAUAUUUCAUGAGUAUGACCGCAACUCACCAGAGAGGUGUAGACUGGGGCAAGCAAGAUAAUGGAAACUGCUUGAAUGAAACACAACCAGUAAUGAAAGAUAAUUUUUGGGAAAGUGGGUCAGAUUUGACAAUGAUGAGAACAUUGGAGUUGACAUUAAGUAAACUUAAAGCAAGAGGGGUGGAUGUGCAAUUAGUGAAUAUUACACAACUAACGCAAUAUAGAAAAGAUGGACAUCCUUCUAUUCAUAGAUUGUUUUAUUCUACACUAAAAGCAAAACAACUAUCUAACCCCUCAAGAUAUGCAGAUUGUACACAUUGGUGCCUUCCAGGUGUCCCAGAUACUUGGAAUGAGCUACUUCUUUUUCAUAUUAUUCAAGGACUUAAAUAAGUUCUAGUAUUUCUGUUGACAAAGUACAGUUAUUCAUUGAACAUUUUGUAGUUAAAUUUUUUGUGUCAUCAAGUGUAAAUGUAGUUCUCAAUUCUCAUA